AUUUUUUCCUUAUAUCUAAUUCCAUUUUCAUUUACUGACUUGGUGAAGAACCCUAAUUUUUGAUUGAAGCAUGUUCCUUCUUUAAAAAUCAUGGUCCUUCUUCCCCAUUAAAAUCUUUUGUGAUCAAGCUUUGAAAAUCACGGUUCUUCUUCAUCUAUGAUGUAAAAUUGUUAAUCUACUUACCAAAAACCGCCUCUCAAAAGUACUAUGAUGAAGUAAGGUAGUGUUCACCUUAUCCCAAUUUUUUUCUGUAGUAUUGGCAAAUAUCAAGUGUUACUUUUGUAGAGUUCCUCAAAGUUUUUAUGUAACGCUGGAUUAUUAUUAAUUUUAUUAUGCGUUUCAUUUAUAUUAUCGUGUUUAAAUUUCCCUAGAGAUUGGUAUUGGAUUAUAGCAGAGAAUCAUACAAAGAAAAUGGUCUUCUUAUCAGUCAUCAGAGGAUCAGGAUGAUUUCACCAUAUUACCACAAGAAAGAAUCCAGUUUUUUCACAUCAUAUCAUUCAUAACAAAAGCAGCUGACAGAUUACAUGCAUUCAACGAUGAGAGACAUGAGUAGGGUCAUUAAUGGUCUAUCAUUAGUGGCCAGCGAAUUUGUGAGACAUUCAGGACCAAGGGAGGGUCCGUUAGAUGCACUACAAUCUCUUGCGAAGAUAACUGCAAGUGUUUUGGGCCUUACAAAAGGUAAAGCACAGGUUUAUCAACAUGAAGCGCAAUUUGCUAAAUCUGUUUUAGCAAGUAAGCAUAAGACUUCCAUUGCCACAGAAGACUCUGUUGUUUACUUCAAUGAUAGUGAUAAAUCUGGUACUGGCAGUAGUUCUGCCUCCAGGGAAGAGGUCAUGUCAACCUCAGAGACAGCUGCUAUAGAUGGCCCAAUCACAGUUUUUUGUUCUGACGAGUCAUCGUCACAGCCUGCAUCAGGGUUUCUGGAUCAACCUCACUUGACUGAACAUGUAAGAAGAAGCAACGUGGUAGCUGAUGAAGUGAUGGAUGUGGGCGAAGCACAAAAUGCUAAUACCGUAACAUCUUUCUCUGUAACUGCCACCCCUUCGAAGAGACGGAAGCCUAGGGAAAGGAAAGUUCCUGCGACACCCUUUACUAGGGCUCUUGGGUUUGCAAGUCUAGGAGCUGGUCUUGCUUGGGGAACUGUCCAAGAGUCUGCCAAGAGGAUCUUUUUAGGCAGACCUAAUUCACAGGACAAGCAGUCUAGCCUUUCUCCCUUUUUGUCUGAAGAAAAUGCAGAACGCUUGGCACUUGCUCUAUGUAGGAUGCGUGGAGCAGCGUUGAAGAUAGGGCAGAUGUUGAGUAUACAAGAUGAAGCACUUGUACCUGCUCCGAUCUUGGCUGCUCUAGAGAUUGUACGUCAAGGUGCUGAUAUGAUGCCUAGGAGCCAAAUUAAUCAAGUCUUGGAUGCUGAAUUAGGACCUGAUUGGUCUUCAAAGUUAAGGAGUUUCAACUAUGAACCAAUGGCAGCUGCAAGUAUAGGACAGGUUCACCAAGCUGUCACACUAGAUGGUAUGCAAGUUGCAAUGAAAAUUCAGUAUCCAGGAGUAGCGGAUAGCAUUGAAAGCGACAUAAAGAACGUGAAAUUAUUGUUGGACUAUACAAACCUCAUUCCCAAGGGACUUUAUCUCGAUCGAGCUAUGAAGGUUGCAAGGGAAGAGUUAUCUCGUGAGUGUGACUAUGAGUUGGAAUCAAAUAACCAAAAACUAUUUUUGAGUUACCUCUCUGACAAGCAAGGAUUUUAUGUGCCGUUGGUUGUGGACGAGUUAUCAAGUAAAAGAGUUCUGACAACCGAACUUGUUUCUGGAAUUCCCAUAGAUAAAGUGGCAUCAAUGGAUCAGCAAACUCGAAAUUAUGUGGGAAAGAAGUUUUUGGAGCUGACUUUGAUGGAGUUGUUUGUUUUUCGCUUCAUGCAGACUGACCCAAACUGGAGCAACUUUUUGUAUGAUGACACAGCAAAAAAGAUCAAUUUAAUUGACUUUGGCGCAGCGCGAGAAUAUCCUAAAGCUUUUGUUGAUAACUAUCUAAGAAUGGUGAUUGCUUGUGCGAAUUGCGAUAGAGAUGCUGUGAUAGAGAUGUCUGAGAGACUUGGCUUUCUGACAGGCUCAGAAUCAGAUAUAAUGCUGGACGCUCAUGUUCAGGCUGGUUUUGUUGUUGGCCUCCCUUUCUCGAGAGUGGGUGGAUAUGAUUUUCGUUCCACCAAUGUUACUCACAGCCUCUCAAAUCUAGGCGCAACAAUGCUAAAACACAGAUUGUCACCGCCACCUGAUGAGGCAUACAGUCUUCAUCGUAAACUUUCAGGAGCUUUUUUGGCUUGCAUUAAGCUAGGUGCUGUUGUGCCUUGCAGAGAAAUGCUUUUGGAUAUAUAUGAGCAUUACAUAUUUGGAGAAGAGAGUGCUCAUAUUUAGUCAAGUUACUCCACUUAGUGAUGCAUUUUUCUUAUGAAUGCAUCCUACAAAAGUACAGAUCAUUUUCCUGUUUCCUUUGGUUGAUGUCAUUUUUGCAUAAUUAUACGGGAUUUUUUGCCUCACCUAUUUAUCGGUUAACAAGGUUUCCAACUCUCUGGGAAUUUUUUCUCCCAUACUAUUCGUUAUGUGUUGGGAAAUGCUCUCUUACAUAAGAAGGUCCAAGGUUAUUUUGUAAGGGAGCAUUUUGAUGAUUGAAAAUAAUAAGUUUUCUAGAGGGAGGUGUUCUCUUACAAGAGUAAUUGCAGGUUGCUUUUUCUAAUCUAUGAUUAAAGUGAACGAAGUUGUGAUUGAGAGUGAUUAAUGGCUUGAAUGGAUAGUGAAGCCAAGAGAGUUUUAAUUCAAGAUCAGUUUCAUAUGAUCAUAUCUAUUCAUUUCAUGUAUAAAUCAAGUAAAGGUCUAGUAAGUUUUUGCAUAGAUCUCCAUUGAUGGAUUCUUGGAUACAACUUGCAACAUCCCAAGUCCUUACAUGGUGCACUUUCAGUUCUGAAGACUCAACUCUUCUCUAAGAUGAUGAAAGUCAACUUGUCAUAGAUUCAAUUAAAGUUGAUAGAUUCUUUAUUUAUUUUUAGUCAUAUUUGAUUUAUUUACUCAUUUAUUAUCUAAAAUAAUUAAAUAAAUUGUGCUAAUAGUGUAAAAAAAUGUUCAAAUAAAUAUUAAAUAAUAGUUGGUUAAGUUGCUUAAUUUUAGGCGUUUAUUAGGGAUUUCCUGAGUUUAGAUUCAAAUGUUUGAAUCAUUCUUGCUACAAAUUGAAUUUGCUAUUAUCAUAUGAUAUUGGUUCUUAGCAGAAUAUUUUAAAUAAUUGUUCAUCAAGAUCCUACGUUUUAGAACUUGGUGGUUAAUUUUAGAAUUUGAAUUAUGAAUUGGUAUUUUGAGAUACAGCGAUUGUUUU